CAUUUAGAAGUAAUAGAAAUGGAUCAAAAUCAAAUCAUAGAGCAAGAGUUGGAACCUAUAGCUACGAUUUCAUAUAUAAAGCAUUUGUUUAUAAAAAGAUAUAGGUUAAUGAAGAUAUUUAAUUUAGUGCAAGCUGUAUUAGUAUUAAUAAUUGUUGCAAUGAUUAUAAUAAGAGAUCAUUGGAAAUUGUAUUAUAUUAUAAUAGCGAUUGCUGGGAUAUUCGAAUUUAUAACAACUGCAGUAAUAUUUCAAAUAUUAAUUAUAUCCAUGUGGCCAAUACUAUUUAAUUUAGAUAAAACAAGUUUCUCAAAGUAUAAUUUAUUGGGAAAAGAUAUUAUUGCAGUAACAAAAUCAGAUGAAAAAAAUAAAUGUAGUUAUAUUUUAAGUAAAGAUAUUUUAGCGAGACCCACACACUCAUUAUCAAUACCGAUCGAAAUGCAAGAUAGUACCCCAAUAUCCACAAUACCAGUGGAAAAUGAUAUCAUUGUAAACAAUGAUAGUAUUCAUGUUAUACUAUCAAAUAUAAAUAUUUCAAUUAAAUCUAAUAGUAUUUUACCUUCUAUUGUUGAAGAGUAUAAAAAAAAGGUUUUGGUGAACUUGUACAAAUAUGAAACAUUUAACAGUGAAGUCAGUAUUAAUAAUAGCGGGUCAUCAUUUAUUUAUUAUGUAGGCGAUAGCAAUAAAUUAAAAAAAAUAAAAAAGAUUUUUAUUUCAAUUUUAUCAGUAUUAUUCUUCUUUUCGUCAUUACACUAUAAAUCCAUCCAUAAUGUCGAUAAAGAAGCAUUAAUAAAAGAAAUGAAAAAGGACCAUGAACUUUCCAAUAUAGUAAAUCCAGCAAUAGAAAAUAGUUGUAAUGAAUCUUUUAAAGAAAUUUUAAACAAUAUCAAUAAUGAUAAUAAUAAUAAUAAUAAAGUCCAAAAUGAUAUAAUAGAUAAAAAUGAAGAUAAAAGUAAUAAUAUUUGUGGUGGAGAUAUCGAAUUAAAUGUUAUAAAUGAUAGUGCAUCAAAUAUAACAAUUCCUGUAGAAGUUGUAAUUGUUUAA